UCGUUUUUGGCGCAAAUAUUUUGAUAAACAUCGUCAAACGUUUUUUUAUUUUUGAUAAUUUUAGUUAUUUUACGCAAAGUGUAAACUAAAUUAACAUAAUGAACUCGCUACAAGCAUUGAAAGAUUAUAUUUUAUCUCACGAUAACAGCAGAAACUUUGUAAAUGCAUCCGAAGUGCCGAGUGUUUGUAAAACCGAACCAUGCAUGCUCGGAGUUGAUGAAGCAGGACGUGGGCCCGUAUUAGGUCCUAUGGUCUAUGGAGUGGCAUACUGUCCCCUCUCACAGACAGAAGUAUUAAAAACCCUUGGCUGUGCUGACUCCAAGGCACUGACGGAAGAGAAAAGAGAUGAAAUAUUCACUAAAAUGCUAUCAGAAGAAUCUGCCAUCAGCAAUGUGGGGUGGGCGGCCGAAGUUAUCUCUCCCAAUUACAUUUCCAAUUCAAUGUACAAAAGAGCCAAACAUUCCCUGAAUGAAGUAUCAAUGAACUCUGCUAUAGACCUGAUCAAGAAGGUGGCUGCAUCGGGGGCCAACAUCAAGGAGGUGUAUGUGGACACGGUCGGCCCGCCCGAGAAGUACCAGGCAAAGCUCUCGGAAAUAUUCCCUGACUAUAAAAUAACUGUAGCUAAGAAGGCUGAUUCAAUCUACCCAAUAGUGUCUGCGGCCAGUAUAGUGGCGAAGGUGACCCGAGAUCACGCGCUCAAAGUGUGGAAGUUCCAAGAAGGCAUUGAAAUGGACCAAUCGGAGUUUGGCAGUGGAUACCCGGGAGAUCCGCAAACAAAGAAGUUCAUUCGGGAACAAAUAGACCACGUAUUUGGGUACCCCUUACUGGUUCGCUUCAGCUGGUCUACUGCAGAACUGAUGCUUCAAGAGAAAGCCGCCGCCUGCACCUUUGAAGAAAUAGACGAUGAUUUACCAAAGAAGAGAGGCACUAAAGCAAUCAGCUCCUUUUUCACUGCUAAUGGAACUGAUGAGAAAAAACGGAAACGACACAAGUUCUUUGAAGAACGAUUUCUGACUAUAGGUAACGCUUUUGAAUAAGUUUUGUAAUGAGAUUUUUAGGUUUAAGGUAAAUUUUGUAAUAAAGUGAAAUGAAUUUGUUUA